GGGCUUCCGCUCGCGGCGCGGGCGGGGCGGGGCCGCAGGCACCCACCGGAGCCCAUGGCCGCCGCGUCAGACCCCGGCGAGCCCGCCAAAGGGAAGCCCUUUAAGCUCCUAGGAAUUUUAGAUGUUGAGAACAUUCCCUGUGCUCGGGACUCGGUAUUGUAUGGUUCAUUAGGAUCUGUUGUGGCUGGCCUUGGACAUUUUUUAUUAACUAGAUUAGAAGAUCAUGUGAUGUUGGAGUAGGAGGAUUUAUCUUGGUGACUUUAGGAUGCUGGUAUGUGUACCAAGUAAUUCAAGAAGAUCCAGGAUCAUGAUUGAUCUAUUUCAAGCACAUGCUCUUUCCAAGCAAUCUGUCACUGGAAGACUCCCACCCCCUCAGCGAGGAAUGUUUUUUUUUUUUAAUUUAAUGGAAAUUUGCCUUACAAAAUGGUACUGCUGGGAUGCCUCUUUCAAGUAUGUAUAUGCAGACACAUUGUACCAUUUGUCAAAUGAGCAGACGAAUGCGUGACCUUCCACCAAUACCAAGUUACAAUUUCUAAUCUGGGAAGGCCUCAACCUUUCAGGUCCCCCGGAUGCUCUCAUUUCCCGCUCAUGACAUGACAUCUGUAAAGCCUCCUUUAAGAAUGUGCUCACACCUGAUGAACACGUGCAUGAAUUUCCUGUGUUCUGAGCAAAAAAAGCCAGGGCCAGGAGUACGUAGUAUAUAUAUAUGGUUCCAACUGGAGGAGAUUCUACCAGAAAAACUAAGCUGGAUGGGGUCAGAAGCCUCACUUUAGGUAAAACCUAUCUUAAUGAUUUGUUAAUGACACUGAACCACUCCAGAACAGCCCUCCAAAUUAGAACGAUUGUAUUAAUACAGUCUUGGGUUAACCAUCUGUAAUCUUAGAUUUUGUUACUACAAAUCUCAAAAUGGUUUCUAGAGGAACUUUUCUGUUAAAGAUGACUCAGUUGUGUUUUCUUGUAAGGUUCCAUUGUAGGUAUAAUUACGCAAAGCUAAGAAUCCAGGAAAGAAUUGCCAGAGAUGGAAUUAAAA